AAUCAGUGAGGGAAUCAAGCAGGAAAGGUGUUUUUUUUCCCCUAGUCCGGGCGACGAUGCUGGUUCUCAUCUUUCAACAAUGCCUGAAAAUCCUCGCCUUGCCCAUCUAUGUGCUUGCCUAUUUUGGCUUAUGGGAUCCUAUUUGCAAAAAAACUUUCCCAUUUUUCAUAAAGAAGUUGACCAAAAGCUACAAUAAAAAACUGCACAAGGAAAAGGAGAAGCUGUUCCAGAACAUGCGGGACUUUGCCGAUGCCUCGGGAAAGCUCCACCUGCUAGAGAUUGGCGUGGGCACCGGCGCCAAUUUUCAGUUUUAUCCCCCCAACACUCGCGUGACUUGCGUGGACUACAACCCCAACUUUCAAAAAUUCCUCCUGGAGAGCAUGGCUGAGAACACGCACCUCCAGUUCGAUAAUUUUGUGGUCGCUUCCGCCGAGAACAUGACUUCGGUGUCGGACAACUCUGUGGACGUGGUGGUUUGCACGCUCGUGUUUUGCUCUGUGAAGAGCACCCAGGCUAUCUUGAAGGAGGUCCUGCGAGUACUCAGACCCGGUGGUGCAUUCUAUUUCAUGGAACAUGUAGCAGCUGGCAGAUCAACCCGGACCUACUUCUGGCAACAAGUCUGUGACCCUACUUGGAGAUACAUAGGAGAUGGAUGUUCCUUGUUAAAAGAGACCUGGAAAGAUUUGGAAAAUGCGGGGUUUUCUAAACUGAACUUAGAACACAUCAUAUGCCCAUUGUUCCUCAGUAUAGUUCGUCCCCAUAUUUAUGGAUAUGCUGUGAAGUAAUUUAAGGGAAAGCAUCUUUCUCUGAAAAUCAGAUUUUUGACUUUAAGGAAUUAAGAGUGACAAUGCAUACACUGCAAUAAGAAAAGGGUUCCUCUAUUCUAUACAAUUUGGAGUGGUGAAAGGCUCUUAAAAGUUCAAGCAAUACUAAUCCUAAAUCAGGGGUCUCAAAUUUAAAGUCCGGGGACCUGAUCAGGCCUGCAGACUCCUUAGAUCUGUCUCAUGGGGCCAACCUGGAAACAGAGAAGGACUGGCCUCUGGUACUUUUUCCAACAAAAAUGGAGUUUGGGAGAGCUGUGCACGGCCUCCUCGAGCUUUGUUUUUGCUGGCAAAGCACCCUCGCCGUGAGUGACGUUGAUCUGGCCAUGCCCCCCCCCCCCAGGUCAAACAUCCCUGAUUUGGUCAUCACCUCUGACCUAAAUGGGUACUUUGGAUUAGGUUUGGAGGGAGGACAUAGAAAUGGUAAAAAUAAUAUAAAAUAUUAAUAUAAAAUAAUUUUAUAUAAAAUAUAAAAGAAAAACAAUCCUACUAGCAAAAGACCAUGAGGGCGUGAAAAAAGCCCACCACCAUUUUGCUGUGGGAUCACUCAGUCCACCAUGUCAGUUGCUGUGGCCACACAUCACAGUCACAUGACCACAAUUCCGCUGUAUUGGCAACACAGCUGCAUUUAGUCCUUGUUCUUCGGUGUCCCAUUUUCUAGGAUUAAGCCUUUCUGGCAGAUAAAAAAAUAAGCCUUUGGAACUCUUAGCCAUGCUAAUUAUGUGAGUUAUUAUAAUACUAUUAGUCCUACCAUUAGAAAAAUGAACUAUUAUUUUCAUACAGGAGCACUAUCCAGGUAAUCCUUGAUUGAUGAGUGGUUAUUUAGCAACCGUUCAAAGUUACCAUGGAUCCACCUAAGGGCUACUUAUGACCUAGAUUAGAAGUUAGGACAGUCCCAUCCCAUCCAUGGGGAAAUGACCAAACUUUGGGAGUUCGGCUCAGAACUCAUAUCUGGCUGUGGGUAGUGUCCUGAGGUCAAGUGACUUCAUUUUAGAACAGUUUUAACAAAAGCAAGCAGUUUUCAGAUGAACUAUUGGUUUGUUUUAAUGACCAUGGCAAUUGCUUA